AUGACCAAAACAUCGUUGCUGGCCGCCCACAGUUUCACCUGGAACCUUUAUCAAUACUUCUGUCUACUCGGCGCAUCUGUCUCCGUCAUCCGCUCUCAAGCCUGUACCCUGGAUGAACUCAUAGCCUCCUACCCAAACCUCACCCAUCUAUUCAUCUCAUCCGGUCCCGGUCAUCCUACUACCGACUCGGGAAUCUCGAUCCCAGCUAUCCAUCAUUAUGCUGGCAAGAUUCCGAUUCUUGGGAUCUGUAUGGGCCUUCAAUGUAUCUACUCGGCCUUCGGCGGUGAAGUCUCCAAAGUUGGAGAGAUCGUCCACGGAAAGACUUCGCUCGUCUCACAUGACGCCAAAGGUCUCUUCAAAGCCCUCCCUCCGCACAUCCAGUGCACCCGAUACCACAGCCUUGCCGGUCGAUUCGGCACCCUACCCUCCGAGCUAGAGGUGACCUGCUGGACCAAUUCAAAUCCCCAGCUGGCCAACGACCCUGCUCCGUUUGACGACAAAUCCUCGAUCAUCAUGGGCCGCAAACUUGCUGCCAAUGUCCCACCAGUCCAAAUCGACUUCUAUGAACGCAUUCGCCAAACCUCGACCGGCAAGGUAGCCUUGAUGGCCGAGUCCAAACGUGUAUCUCCUUCAAAAGGCUCUUUCAUGACUCCAACCACGCCAAGCUCACCCGCGAUCGCUGUCUCGUAUGCCGCCGCUGGCGCAUCCGUCAUCUCAGUCUUGACCGAGCCCAAGUGGUUCAAGGGUACCCUGUUAGACAUGCUUGAAGUCCGCCUGUCAGUCGAAAACGCGCCCAACCGACCAGCAAUAUUAUGCAAAGAUUUUAUCAUCGAUCCUUAUCAAAUUGACGAGGCUAGAUGUUAUGGGGCUGACACGAUCUUGUUGAUUGUCGCCUGCCUCACCUAG